AUGACAUCUUCUCGAUUGGUGCAUCGCACAGCUGCGUUUGUAGAGCAGCAGCUCAAGACAAACGACGCAUCACACGACUGGCACCACAUUGAACGCGUAUGGAACAUGGCGAGAAUGCUGGCAAAAGAAGAGUGUGUGUCUGAAGAGGAUCUUGAAAUUGUCGACUUGGCAGCUUUGCUCCAUGACAUUGAUGACUGGAAGUACGAAAGUAAUAAGGAGAAUCCUACAAAGAGAGCACUUGCUUUUUUAAAGUCGGAGAGUGUUCCAAGUAGCAAGAUUGAACGUGUGAUGGCCAUAAUCGAUAGAAUGGGAUUUAAGGAGGAUUUAGAAGAGAAGGGACCGCAAUUGUGUUCAGUUGAGUAUGGCUGUGUCCAAGAUGCUGAUCGACUGGAUGCGAUUGGAGCGAUUGGAAUCGCUCGCUGCUUCACUUAUGGAGGACACAAAUUGCGACCGCUUUACGAUCCGAGAAUAUCUCCCAUCGAAAAUAUGACCAAAGAGAUGUACAUGGAUGCAAAUCGCCCAAAUACUACCAUAAACCAUUUUUACGAGAAGUUACUGAAGCUUCGUAGCAUGAUGAAGACGAAUGCGGGAAAGCGUCUGGCUGAAGAACGCCACGCUUUUAUGGAAACAUAUCUGGACCAAUUUCACAAAGAAAUUAGUGGUCGAGGCUAG